CAGCUUUUCCUCUUCCCAUUUUUUUUUUAUUUUUUUUUAUUUUCUAUUUUCUGCACUCUCAAAAGCCAUGGAUUAUUCCUUAUUUAGCACCAUAUGGGUUGUUAUUCUCCUCGUCUGUCUUUUCGUCCUUGUGGUUCUCGUUAUCGCCUGUUGCUGGUAUGGCAUACGUCGUCGCAAGGCUAGCGAGCACUCCAAGAUCAUUGGUGUUCAUAUUACACCCGGGGAGGUGGUUAGCCCAUUGACAACAGGUCCGCAUAUACAAGCUCAGAAUCAAGGCAUGAUACCAAUGUAUAGAGCGGCCCCAGGUUCGCCUCAAGACGUACUCAAUGAAGAGCUUGUGCUUGUCCCAAGAAGUUUGUUAAGUCAGCAUAAUGUGCAGAUAGUAUCAAGGCAACAUCUCUAUGCACACCUAGAAGCAUCGCAGGCUGGUAACUCACUCCCUGCAAUGUCUCAACAGUCGUCGGAUAUGGAGGCCAUUCGUGAAUCGUCGGGCGUGUAUUUGGAGCGCCCUCAACAGCAGCUGCUUCCAGAGCCACAGCAGCAUUUAACAUCGCCACCACUGCCAUUAUCGCAGCAGCUACCUCAAAAACAAGAGAUAUAUAUGUCUAAAGAACAAGGCCCUGAUCAAGGUGCUAAAUUUGACCAAGGAGAAUCAAGCACAAAAAUCAAUCAUUGUUAGCAAAUAUGCAUGUAUAAUAAUUA